AAAGUAAAACCCAUUUUGAUUUAGUAGGGAAGAAUGAAUUAUGAAGUGUGAAUCCCGUGGCUGACUUUGAAGAGACGUGUUCCUGCUGCUCCUAUAGAUUAAUUAACAAAUCAAAACAAUGACAUAUGGAUCAUGAAUGCCUGGACGUCUGGUUCUGGUUGUCGAUCCCAAUUCGCCCGUUUCUCUCUUACUUUCACUCCUUCCAAAUUAAUUUGAUUUGAUACAUCCCAUACCCCUCCUUUGGUCAUAAAUUAACCAGGGUUUCUGAUCUACGGUGUUAAAGGAAAUGGUACAUGAUGAUAAAACGGCAGCCGGAAAGACAUUUAACCACAUUAUUGUGGAGAAGGCAUGCGAAACCUAUUUUCUUUUCCCCGGAGAAACAUCAAUGGGAGAUGGGUUUCGUACAUUUUUUUAUUUCUUAGCACUUGCUUAUUGUUUCAUUGGACUAUCGGCAAUAACUGAAAGGUUUUUCCGGUCCAUGGAACAUGUUGUGCAACAAACUCGAACGGUGGUGGAGAUAGAUCCUCGGAACAAUACACAACGUGUGAGACAUGAAAAAGUGUGGAAUUAUACGAUUGCAGACAUUACUCUGUUGGCUUUUGGUACUAGCUUCCCACAGAUCUCUUUGGCUACCAUCGAUGCAAUACGAAAUAUUGGCAAACUGUAUGCUGGAGGGUUAGGGCCUGGAACGCUUGUUGGGUCUGCUGCAUUCGACCUGUUUCCUAUCCACGCGGUGUGUGUGGUGGUUCCGAAAGCUGGGGAAGUGAAAAAGAUAUCGGAUUUGGGAGUUUGGAUUGUAGAACUGUUUUGGUCGUUCUGGGCAUAUAUUUGGCUCUACAUAAUUCUGGAGGUAUGGAGUCCAAAUGUUAUAACUGUGUGGGAGGCGUUGUUGACUGUGCUGCAAUUUGGGAUGUUGCUUGUACACGCAUAUGCCCAAGACAAACGUUGGCCCUUGGUGUCUCUUCCUCUGGACCGGAGUGAAAGACCAGAGGAAUGGGUUCCAGCAGAAAAAGGUAUUGCAGAUAUAUUUUCCAUCCACCAAGGAAAUGCUGCAGACUCUACUUAUCAACAUCUGCCUUUAAGUGAUCCAUCUGAUAAGCAUUUUGAUAUCUAUCCGGAAUCUGAUGUUGCUUCAAUUUGGAAGCACCAAUUUGUCGAUGCUCUCAUGUUGGAUAGCACGAAACUGAGAGAUACAAAUAACAGGGGGGGCGUGGGUGGGGGUGUGGGUUGGGCAAAGGUUUUCUGGAAUGUUAUUGUUGCUCCAUGGAAACUGGUGUUUGCAUUUGUGCCUCCAUAUCAGAUAGCUCAUGGGUGGAUUGCUUUUAUCUGUUCUCUGAUUUUCAUCAGUGGAAUAGCUUAUAUUGUUACAAGGCUCACGGACCUCAUCAGCUGUGUUACAGGAAUCAACAGUUAUGUGAUAGCAUUCACUGCAUUGGCAGGUGGAACCUCGUGGCCGGAUCUAGUGGCAAGUAAAAUUGCUGCUGAAAGGCAAACAACUGCAGAUUCUGCCAUUGCAAACAUUACUUGCAGCAAUUCAGUGAACAUCUAUGUGGGGAUUGGAGUUCCAUGGCUGAUUGACACAGUUUACAACUUCAUAGCAUAUGGAGAGCCUCUGCGAAUUGAGAAUGCAGAGGGGCUGAGUUUCUCAUUGCUGGUUUUCUUCUCAACUUCUGUUGGCUGUAUCUCAAUUUUGGUAGUCAGACGGAUUGUGUUUGGUGGUGAGCUUGGAGGACCACGGGUUUGGGCUUGGGUCACAUGUGCGUAUUUCAUGUUGCUUUGGCUCAUAUUCGUAGUCUUAUCCUCCCUAAAAGUUUCUGGAAUCAUUUGACUUUAUUCUUUUUCCAUUUCUAUUUGUAUUUAUUAAUUUUGCCCAUUGCUUUGUAUUUUUAAUUUUAUGUAUGUAUUUUUUUCUUCAGAUGCUUUAUAUAAAUUCCCCACAGGCCACACUUGUUUGGAUUGGAUUUAUUAUAUAUUGCACCU